GGAGGCGGCACCGUCUCCAUGGUGACCAGGACGCGCGUCCUCCUUGCGGCAGCGCGUGGAGUGCGGCGUCCUGGAGCUGCGAAUGAGGAUAAAAAAUGUCAGUACUCACUUCUCCAAGAGGAAAGGUAGAAGUUGUUCAUUGCCGAAGAACAGAAUCACAGGAUGUUUAUUGUAUCAAAAGCCUUAUUAGAAAAUUUACCUGCAAGCUGUUUGGGAAGCUAAAUAUCAUCUAUCUUCUAGAAAAGGCCAACCUUGCUGUUACCCUCUGCAAUGACAAGGAGGAGAUCAUGGCCCAGGCCACCUUCCUGGACUACCCCAACUGGAAUGUUGCCAAGCAGGAUGACUGGGUGUCAGUGUUCCGGGAGCUCGACAGUGACAUCCCAUGCACACCCCUGAAUACGUUGUUCAUGCACCUCUUUGUGGCCGUGGAUGAGUAUUCUGUUGGAUGUUGCAAAGAGAUUCUUCGAACCGUGUAUAAGGCAGUGCCAGAGCUGCACUUCAUAUUUCUCAUCGUGCCAUCCUACAUGAGCCUAGGCUCAACUCUCAUAACUCUUUUUGACCAAGUGGGGAACAUCCCGUGUCUGACGUAUGAGGAAGACUUUGCAGUGCAUAUAUGUCACAGGCACAGCCACUAUCCUCAGCUGCACGUUCGCAAAGCCAGGGUGGAAGACCAUGACGAUCUCAUGCCAAUAUUUAUGCGCUAUGACACAAUUCUGAAGGAAACUUACGGUGAAUACUUCCUGGCCGAACUAAUAGAGGCCCAAGAUGAAGAGAAUCAUGCUGUUGUGUGUGAGGUGGAAGGCACAGCUGUUGGGUUCAUGAGUGUGUGCUCAAGAGUGAACAUGCAACUGCUGCAUGAGUGCUUUGACUUGGGCCCUUUCCACGGACUCUGUUUCCCACAUCCUGAUGACAUUCUGGAAUCAUCACAAGACCUAAGUGUCCGAAGAAGUCAAGAUGCUGAGCUCAGGAGUAGCAGCCAGGGUUCCCAAAAAAUAGUCGAGGAGUUGCAGGAACCUGUCUCUCCAGAUACCGUGGAAAACAUCCAGGGAAAUAUUGCCAGAGAAGCUGCAUCCGAGGAAGCUUUAACAGCAGUGCAAAGUGGAAAUGUUAGUGAACUGGAGGACAUAGAAAAACUCAGUGACAUCUCCACUGGAUAUGCACAGUAUCACCAUGUCAGCAGUAGGAGCUUGGCAUCGCUCAUACUGCCUGAAGAGCCCGUCCACUUCCGCCCCAUCUACAGGGGAGCCUCAGCUGCUUUUUGUAUUCAGCUGUUUUGUAUUGAUGAGAAAUAUGAAGCAAGGUCGCUGGAUUUUAUGAAUUUUGUUUUCAGUCUUUUUUCUGAUAAGAACUUCUGUGUAAUUUCUCUGCCCCGUCUCACCCCCGAGUUCUUCCUCAUCCAGAACUUCGUGAAAGUGGUCCCUUUCAACACCUGCACCCUCGAGCAGGACCUCUACGUCUUCCACCGGGCUGGGUUGCUCAAGUCCAUUAAUAUAAGAUUCGCCACUCUCUUGGAUACUCCUGGUGUGGAAAAUCUUGUCAGCACCCUCAUGUUGAAUAAAAGCAUAUUGGAGGACUUAGACCAUUACAACAAGGCUCGCAAAGACCCUGAUGGAACACCGCUGCAGGCAUUUGUAGCUGAAGUUGCAGAACAAAUAGUUGGUAUUGCAGUGAUCAGAAAUGAAAUGGACAUUGAGUACAUACGGUCCCAUUACAACAUUGAAGAUUUCAUCUACUUCGGUCACCACCAGCGCGAAGAACACGGGCACAUGCAUCACUUUGCCCUCAACCCCAUUUUCCGGCACUACACCAAGUUCUUUCUGAAGGAGAUCCUGCGUUUAGGCUUUAAAUCCUGUCUCUACUACCAUGUUUACCCAAAAUCCAGAGAAGGCAAGAUUGCUGUCUUUCAGUUCCAGAACCCCUACGCCCACUCCCUGACAUCUGCCCUUCAUUACUUGGUUCCCGUGCGACCACGACGACAGAUUGUCUAUCCUCUGGAAAAGCUUGGCAUAAACGCUCCAUCAAAGGCGGUCUCCAAGGAUCCGGUGAGUUAUGCUUUAAACCAUACAAACAGAAAACUAACAUUGGAACCUAAAAUUACUGUCAAUGCCAAGAUCAUUGUGGUUGGUGCAUCCAGUGUUGGAAUUUCCUUCCUGGAGACAUUGGUAUUUUGCUCUCACAUGAAGUUUAAUAAUCUUACCCUAAUUUCAACUCAUGGACUCCCAGGAAAAAAACUUCUGGACACUGAACAAAGGAAAUUUUUAGCCAGCGACCACUGUUUUAAUGAUAAAGAUUAUGCACUGAUGUCACUGUGCUCCUGGGUUAAUGUCGUGGUGGGUAGAAUGACCGGCAUAGACCGAGCAGCCAAGCACGUUGUGCUUUCCACGGACGAGAUCGUGCUCUACGACCACCUCAUCCUCUGCACCGGGCAGCAGUACCAGGUCCCAUGCCCUACAGAGGCUGAUAUUAGUCAACACCUGACAAACAGGGAGGUUCCCAACAGCAGUCAGCGGCGGUACACGGGGAAAGUUCCUUGCAACCAUUUCACUCUCAAUGAGGAAGAGGAUUGCUUUAAGGCACUGACUUGGAUAAGGAAUAACUCCAUCACCACAGAAGGGAAUAUCAUUGUCUAUGGGAAUACAAUUGAUACUUACACCACCGUGGAGACGCUCUUAAACCUUGGCGUGAGCGGCAGCCGCAUCCACCUCGUGCAGCCCCCGCCCGCCUCCACCAUCACCUGCAUCAACAACUACUCGGUGGAGAGCGCCGUGGCGGACGCGCUAGGAGCCGCGGGAGUCACUAUGUACCGGGAUGCGAUUCUGGCCCAGUGGAAUGACGGCCUGCACCCAGACCCCAUCUACAGCGCCUCCUUCACCACACCCACCAAGCCUUUCAGACUCCAGUGCUCUAUGUUCUUCAGCUUCUGUGAGAAGAAUGUGGAUUAUGAAACGUUUAAAGCCCUCAAUGAUGCAUGUCUUGUGUAUGACAGUCGACUUGUGAUUGAUACCAACUUCCACACCAACGACGUAGCCAUCAGAGCUGCUGGCUCCCUCACCAAAUUCUCCAAUAGAUACUACUCAAAUGAGUGGACUCACAGCAACUUCAGUUCCAAAGAAAUUGGCUUUCAGCUGGCAGCAGCUAUGCUACAUCUCUUUGAUCCAACCCUUGAGCCUGUGCCCGAGCCACCAGCUAAUCUUGACCGGCUCAUCCCCAUGUACAAGGGAGCCAAGAUUCAAGGGGGCAUUCUUCCUGGGUCUUACCAUUAUCUGCAUAUUGCCAAGCCUGCCAUUCCAACUCCCUUGGAGGUACAAAUGGCACAGCCUAAUUAUGGUUUAGAACUAGUAACCGGCAGUGCGAAAAAUGGGACUUACUUCCGAAUUCAUAUUAACAAGUAUAAAAUGGUGGAAACCAUCACGUGCCUUUCUAGGGAGCCCUUCCCCACCUCCAACUACAUCCGCUUGUUUGGCCAGCACGAGCAACUCCUCAACAACCUGUGUGCUCGGUACGAUGAAAACCUGAUCACAGAUCUCUAUAGCACGUGAAAGUCUCAGUUCAGCAGAUAGACAGAAGUUGAAGAGUAUUGAUGGCUAAGAUGUAAACAGACAAGUUGUAUUAAUAACGAAUGGAAUGCACAGAGCCAGUAUCCAAAAGCCGAGGGCUGCAUCUAAAGGCACCUAGAAAGAAGCCAUAUAAAAACCUAAACUGCAGAGCUAAAUUUCUAGAGGUUUUUUUAAAUAAAGUCUUGUUUUCUAUUUAUAAAAGUAGUACAUGAUCAUUGCAGAGCCCAACACGGGGGUUGUGGCUGGGGUAUGAAAUAAAGAAUUGCAAAGAAACCAAUUGUUAAUUUUUUUGGUGUGUGUCCUUUCAAAUUUUUCUCUAAAUAUGAAAUGUAUAUAGAAACAAUAUUUCACAUGCUGAUUUGCAGCUUGCUAUUUUAGCUUCUCAGCAUAUUCUGAACAUGUUCCCAUUUCUUGAGAUUCUAUUUUAAUGGCGUUAUUUUUUAACGACUGGAUAGAGUUCUACCAUACCAACGUGCCUUACUUAAUUAACUGGGCUGCUCUUAACUUUUUGUUUUCAUAAUUAACCCUGCAAUAAACAUUCUUGAUGAUACAUCUUUUUGGCAUAUCCUUGAUUAUUUCCAUUAAAAUUGUUUUAAUAUUCUCAAUUCUUAUGCAUUCAAUGUAUUUUUAUUGAACAAUAGUGUGCUGUUUACUUGAAACACAGCCAUUGAGACGUGCUCUCUUCCUUCACAGAGCUUAAGUAGGAAAGAUAGAAAAUUGUACAUGGCUGUUAAAAAAAAAAUUACCACCACCCAACUGAACUUUUCUCCCUCCUCUCAGUCCCACUCCUCUGGCCAACACUGACCGCAGUCUCAGUUUGUGAAUAUGUGUUUCUCAAAUGGGAUUAUACUGUACAUAUUUCCUUCUAGUUUUUUCACUUAAGAAUCUGUAUAAAUAUUGAAGUUCUUUCCAUGUCAGUACACAUAGUUCUCACUCUUUUUAAUGGCUUUUUUAUCUUUCAUGGAAUAGCUAAAUCCCAACUUACUUAAUGAUUUUUCUACUAAUGAACAUUUAGGUUAUUUUCAAGUUUGUCCUGGCAUUGUAUAUAAUGUUACCACUGAACAUAUAUCUCUGUGUGCAUGAAUGGGAUUUCUGGAUCAGUGGGUAUAUACAUUUACAUUUUGAUCAAAAUAUUAUUUUAAAUUAUCUUCAAAAAAGGUUAUUCCCACUAACAGGACAGAAGAGAGCUUGCUUCUCCCCAUCCUCGUGAACACUGGAUAUAUUUCAGGUUUUGUUGUUUGUCUAUCUGCAGGAGGAAGAAAGAGUGGGAAGUGUAUCUCUCAUUGUACUUUCAACUUGCAUCUCUUCAGUGCCCACUGAAUCUUUUCAUAGGUUUAUUAGUCAUUUGUAUUUAUUCUUCUGUGAAUUGCGUGUCAUUCUUUGCCCAUUUUUAAUUAGGUUGCCUGUUUCUUUUUCAUUUAUGAGAAUUUAUUAUAUUUAAAGACUAGUAAUCCUUAUUAUGUACAUUGCAAAUAUUUUAUAGCCUGUCUUUAAAAUUAAUAGACAUUUUUAGGGCAGUUCUAGGUUUACAGAAGAAAAUGAUCAGAAAGUACAGAGUUCCUUUAAGGCCAGGAGUUUGAGACCAGCCUGGGCAACAAAGCAAGACCUCCUCUCUGUAAGAAGAAAGUACAGAGCUCCCACAUACCCUCCUCCACCCCCAGCCACUUACACAGUUUCUACUAUUAUUUACAUCUUUAGUGUGGUAUAUUUGAUACAACUGAUGAAACAAUAUUGAUACAUUAUUAUUAACUAAAGUUCAUAGUUUACAUUAGGGUUCAUUCUUGAUGUUGCACAUUCUGUUAGUGUUGACAAAUGUAUACUGACAUGUACCCACCUUACAGUGUGAAACAGAAUGCCUUUCCACGCCUGGAAAUCCUCUGUGCUGUGCCUACUCGUGCCUUCCUCCUGCCUCCCCCACAAGCUUCUGGCAACCACUCAUUUUAUUACUGUCUCCGUAGUUUUACCUUUUCCAGAAUAUCGUAUGUUGGAAUCAUUCAGUAUGUAUGUAGUCCUUUCGGACUGGCUUUUUUCACUUAGUAAUAUGCUUUUAAGGUUCCUCCAUGUCUUUUUAGCACUGAAUAAUAUUCCAUUGUCUGGAUGUACCACAGUUUGUUUAUCUGUUCACCUACUAAAAUAUAUAUUGGUGGUUCCAAGUUUUGGCAAUUAUGAAUAAAACUGCUGUAACAUGUACAAGUUUUUGCAUGGACAUAAGUUUUCAACUCUUUUGGGACUAUACCAAGGAACACAAUUUUGGAUGAUGUGGUAAGAGUGUUUAGUUUUUGUAAGAAACCACCGAACUGUCUUCCAAAGUAGCUAUAUACCAUUUUGCAUUUCCACCAGCAAUGAAUGAGAGCUCCUGUUGUUCCACAUCCAUGUCAGCAUUUGGUGUUGUUAAUGUUUUAGAUUUUAGCCAUACCCAUUGUUGUUUUUAAUUUGAAAUUCCCUAGUGACUUACCAUAUUGACCAUUUUGGGAUCAAUAAAUUUAAAAUGUAUAUAU